GACGUAGUACGCUCGUGUGUGAUUUUGAAUUUUGAACUCUAAAUACAGUGGUUGUUUUAUGUUUUUUGAUGAUUGUUGUUUGAGUGAAACGUGAAAAUGGGAUCUGAUAAUAAGUUAAGUCGAAUCUUAUGGAUAUUAGCAGUCUCAUGUCUCGUUCAAACACAAGCACAGAAGAAAACAGAAGACACGAAUGUACAAACAGUGCCCAGUGACCUGAGAAGAAUAGUCAGCGAGGCCCUGGCGUUAGAACGAAGGUUCCUGCUAGGAGCUAAUGACGCACAAAACUGCACGUCAGACGAGGAUGACGUGAGCAACACGCCGUGCCCGCCGAGCAAGUACCGGUCGGCGAGCGGCGAGUGCAACAACGUGCGGCACCGACCCUGGGGCAGACGCGGAGACGUGUUCCUCAGGCUGCUGCCGCCGAAUUAUGCUGAUGGUGUGUCAACGCCCAUCACGGCGGCGCCGGAACCGGCGCUGGCGGUGCGCGCGGUGACCCAGCUGGCUGACUCCACCGAGCACGAACUCGUCACCAGCCUCAUAGCUGCCUGGGGCCAGUUCCUCAUGGACGACCUGGUGGCUACUGCCAAUGGGAAUAAGAAAUGCGAGGACUCUUCUUGUGAAUACGUUCGGUCGGCGCCGGCAAGAAAUAUUGACUCAUGCGGUUUUGAAUACCGAGACCAAAUGAACUUGGCGACGUCUGUGCUGGACGGCUCCGCGUUGUACGGCAGCCAGGAGAAGGAGCUGCGUUCGCUGAGACUGUAUGAUGCUGGCAAGCUGGAUCUGGCGUCGUGUCGCAAAUGCAACGACGGCUCCCCAACCGCUCCACUAUACAAGAUCCUCCUGGCUGAACACAACCGUAUCGCCGGCGAGCUAUACUCAAUGAACCCGUUCUGGGAAGACGACGCGAUAUUCCUGGAGGCGAGACGCGCGGUAGCUGCCAUCAUACAGCAUAUCACGUACAAUGAGUUCCUGCCAGUGCUGUUGGGAGAGGUCGGCAUGGCCAAAGCGGAGUUGAAGCUGACAUCCCUGGGUUUCUGGCGCGGGUACUCCAGCGCCAACCGCAACGGCGCUUACACCGAGCUGGUGGCUGUCGCGCCCAUUUUCACCGCCAUGAUGAGCGAUGAACUGUUGAACACCACAGUGACCCUCCAAGAUCUAGUCAAGACGAGCGUGGAUCAAGUCUCCAAGUUCAGCCCAUCAGCGGUAUGGGACCUCAACCGCGCUAGAGACCACGGCGUACCCUCAUACCUGAAAGUGCUGAGGCUGUGCGAACCCAUGAUGACGGUGAAGUCAUACGCCGACUUCGAGAAGCUGGGCUUCAAUAGGACGCAGCAAGAGAUGCUGGCUGAUAUGUACAGGAAUGCCGAAGAUGUGGAACUGAUGAUAGCCGGCGCGAUGGAGAAGCCCGCUACUGGUGCGGUCAUCGGAUCCACAUUCGCCUGUGUACUGGCUCUACAGUUCGCCAACUUGAAGAAGAGUGACAGAUUUUGGUACGAGAACGACAUACCGCCAUCUUCCUUUGCUCCGGAGCAACUCGCAGCGAUCAGGAAGGUCUCUCUGUCGGGCUUGCUCUGUGGCGCUGAUGAUACUCUCGAGAGCAUACAACCUAAAGCCUUCGUGAAGGAAGAUCCUUACUUGAACGCAGCCCAACAAUGCGUCCAACAUAGUCGGCUGGAAGUAUCAGCGUGGCGCGACAACAGCGGUGCGCGCGCGGCCGAGCGAGUGUCACAGGACGCGGUGGCCGCGGCGCUGCAGAAGGCCAAGCAGGAGAUGGCCGAUAGGAAACGACUGGAGUAUAUGCUGUGGGAAGCACGUGGUGGUGCGGAUCCCAAGUCGUCGGUGGGCACAGCCGCAUCGUUCUCCAAGGCCAACAAAUACGCACUGAAGCUAGCUAACUCUUCAUUGUUCUUUGAGUUCGCUACUAAUGAACUGCUCAAUUCAUUAAAUGGAGGCCGUCGUCGCAAACGUCAGCUGUUCGACGACUCGAUCGGUUUCUCCAACGACUUCGUCGAAUCUCUGCAAUCCGUUGACAUCAAUAGUUUCCUAGGCCAAGACCAAGCGGGGCCGAUUAUUGAGCCGCAAUGCGACGACAACGGUUCCUGCAACCCGGACAACCCGUUCAGGACGUACACGGGUUACUGCAACAACCUCCGCAACCCGAACCUUGGAAAGAGUUUGACGACAUUCGCGAGAUUGCUGCCGCCGGUGUAUGAAGAUGGUGUCAGCCGUCCCCGUAUCAACUCAGUCACCGGAACCCCCCUCCCGACCCCCCGUGUUGUGUCCACUGUCAUCCACCCUGACAUCUCCAACCUGCACACCCGCUACACGCUUAUGGUGAUGCAGUUCGCGCAGUUCCUCGACCACGAGCUCACCAUGACGCCCAUACACAAAGGAUUCCACGAGUCGAUCCCGGACUGUCGUUCCUGCGACUCGCCGCGCACCGUUCACCCAGAAUGCAACCCGUUCCCCGUGCCGCGCGGCGACCACUACUACCCCGAAGUCAACAUCACGUCAGGCGAGCGGCUGUGCUUCCCCUCCAUGAGGAGUCUGCCUGGACAGCAGCAGCUCGGACCCCGUGAACAAGUGAACCAGAACUCCGCUUUCAUCGACGCCUCAGUAGUUUACGGCGAAAACCCGUGCAUAGUGAGCAAGUUGAGAGGUUUCAACGGCCGACUCAAUGCCACUGCCAACCCGCUCAACGGCAGAGAGUUCCUGCCGAGAUCCGACAGCCAUCCGGAGUGUAAGGCGCCGAGCGGAUUCUGCUUUAUUGCUGGAGACGGUCGCGCCUCCGAACAGCCCGGUCUAACAGCCAUCCACACGAUGUUCCUCCGCGAACACAACCGUAUAGUCGAGGGUCUACGUGGCGUCAACCCUCAUUGGGACGCGGAGCAGCUGUUCGAGCACACCCGCCGCAUCAUGGCAGCUGAGAUACAGCAUAUCGUGUAUAAUGAGUUCCUCCCCCGUCUUCUGUCGUGGAACGCUGUUAAUCUGUAUGGACUGAAGCUGCUGCCUUCUGGUUACUACAAAGAAUACUCACCCACUUGCAACCCGUCGAUCGUGACCGAGUUUGCAUCUGCCGCGUUCCGUUUCGGCCACUCGCUGCUGCGGCCGCAUCUGCCGCGACUGUCGCCCAGCUACCAGCCAGUAGACCCGCCCAUACUACUCCGAGACGGGUUCUUCCGACCAGACAUGUUUAUGGACCAUCCACCAAUGGUAGACGAGCUGAUCCGCGGUCUAUCCUCGACUCCCAUGGAAACCCUGGAUCAGUUCAUCACGGGUGAAGUCACCAACCAUCUGUUCGAAGACCGCAGGAUCCCGUUUUCUGGCAUUGACUUGGUGGCCUUGAACAUCCAAAGAGCACGUGACCACGGUAUACCAAGUUACAACAACUACAGAGCGCUGUGUAACCUGAAGAGGGCUUCCACCUUCGAGGACCUGGCCAGGGAGAUACCUGAUGAAGUUAUUGCUAGACUAAAGCGCAUCUACCCGACCGUGGACGACAUCGAUCUAUUCCCUGGUGGUAUGAGCGAGCGGCCGCUGCAGGGUGGGCUGGUGGGACCGACAUUCGCCUGCAUCAUCGCCAUACAGUUCCGGCAGCUUAGGAAGUGCGAUAGGUUCUGGUACGAGAACGACAACUCGGUGCGGUUCACCGAGCAGCAGCUGGCCGAGAUCCGCAAGACGACGCUGUCCAAACUCCUGUGUGAUAACUUCGACGUGCCCACAGAUAUACAGCGAGCUGCCUUCGACCUGCCUAGCAAUUUCCUGAACCCCCGCGUCCAUUGCGCCUCUCUACCUAAGAUCGACCUAUCCGCGUGGCGCGAGAACAGCGCGCAGGGCUGCCUCAUAGCGGGCCGCUCCGUGCCGCUCGGCGACUCCGCCUUCCCCUCGCCCUGUACUUCGUGCAUAUGCACCGCUGAAGGGGCGCAAUGCGCGUCCCUGCGCAUCACGGACUGCGCGCAACUCGCCCGCGAGUGGCCGGCGGAGGCGGUCGCGCGCGACGACGUAUGCGCGGCGCAGUGCGGCGCACCGCCCCCCGCGCGCGGACCUCGACGACACAACGUCAACUUCAACUUCCCUGACCUCACGCCUUUCAUCGCCAACUGAAGUGAAAGGCUAGAAAUCCAUACUUAAUUAAAUGCGAAAGUGUGUCUGUCUGUCUGUUGCCUCUUCACGCUCAAUCCGCAGCCAAAUGGCUGAAAGUAUGUAGGUACUUCGAGUCCCGGGAAAGGACAUAGGACACUUUUA